AUGAUCGCAGUGUGUCGCGACCAAACGUCCUACUACAAUAUUAGUGUCGGCAAGGAACAAAUAACAAUGGCAUGUAGUUGUGAUUACAUUUUGCCGACGAAGAAAGGCUGGGAUCUUCAUUAUGACAACUGCAGACUUAAUUGGAACAAAGACAAACCGUUUCCCAAAAACGACGACGGCACAAUACGCCUUCCAAAUGAACAUCUGAAUAAACUCGACUGUGAUAUUCUGUAUCACUUGGGUUUUGUCACGGGCAAGGAUGACCUCGAAGCUAUGUUCGGCGAUGUUAAGUUCGUGUGCAUGGGCGGAACAAAGUACAGAAUGAAAGCUGUGGCUGCAUACAUGAGUGAACUAUUGAAGGUUCCCUGUGAUUUGAAGAACCUGGUGAAGGACGCACAUCGCUACGUCAUGUAUAAAGUUGGACCAGUCUUAUGUGUUAAUCACGGAAUAGGCAUUCCAUCCUUGUCUGUGGUACUAGAAGAAGUCUUAAAGCUGCUUUCGUACGCGAAGGCUAAGGAUCCUGUAUUCUUCCGUUUGGGGACCAGUGGUGGUAUGGGCAUUCCAGCUGGUUCUGUCGUGAUAUCGUCCUGGGGAAUGAGCGGGACUCUUGAGAAAACUUACGACCUUCCGAUUCUGGGAAAGAUGCAAAAGUUUCCAUCAAUUUUCGAUAAGAGACUAAAUCAAGAACUUUACUCGAUCUCUAUUAACGAAGACUUCAACACUUGUGUCGCGGGGACGGUGGCCGCUAAUGACUUUUAUAGAGGCGAAGGUCGUACGGACGGUGCGUUCUGUGAUUACACAGAGGCAGAUAAGUUCGAAUUUCUCCAGAAACUGGUGAGCCUCGGAGUAAGGAACUUGGAGAUGGAAGCCACAGCGUUCGCAUCAUACACCAGGGAGGCAGGGGUGCGAGCCGCUGACCUUUGUGUCACAUUCCUGGAUAGAUUACUCGGGGACCAAGUGACUCCUGAUCAGGGGACUUUGAGUAAGUGGCAACAAAGACCGGCUCAGAUUGUGGGAAAAUACAUUGCUCAAUACUAUGGCCUUGGCACCCAUCUUCUCCGCGAGAAGAGAAUCCAAAAUUUAGCAGGAUGCAUCUUCGAUAGCCCUGCCCCGAUGAAGACAUGUCCAAUAAAAAACAUUCACCUCAGCCAAGUAAAGCGUUCAGAAGCCCUCAGCGGACGGCUGUCGAAAUCAGCAUCGGAGUUAUCAUGUUCGGCCCCAGUGCAGGCGUCUCCGCCCCGCGCCCGCUCCGCUCAUCACCAUACACCACUUUCCGUUGUACAUAGAACGCAUCACUUUUUUAGCAACUUAAAGAACCGUUGGCAUCGAAGUAAAAGUCGUGAGAGAUGUCCGGCUGGCACAAUAUUAUCUGUGGCACCAGGAGCGGACAGCAGCGGCACAGAAUACGACCACAGUUCAGACCACACUCCAGCUAAUUCGCCAUUACAUAGGAAAAGGAAAGGUCAGUUGAAAGAACAAGUGGAUAUUGUGAAACUUUUUCCCUCCAUCUAA